GUUGAAGAAUACGGCUCGGAACCACUGCCGGAGUCCGGAGGAGGACGCAGCAGGACGGAGGACGGCAGAUGGACCCGCAAAGAAACGUGUUAUUUUGAGACAACUCGGCAAGUUUGAGCGCAGGGACGCGAGUCAGAGGUGGUUGAUCAGAUCAUGGACGGCAGUAGUGAGACUGAAAGGAUGACGUCUGACCUCCCGGGCAAACCCUCCUACCAUGAGCCUCUGAGAAAUGGAUCCCAGAAAGCAGUCCCGGUGAAAAGCACAGUCUCCCCAGGCUGCAGCUGGCUGGUGAUAGUAGCAGCUGUCACGGCCUCUCUGAGUGGCCUGAUGCUGGGUUAUGAAAUGGGUCUGACUUCUGGGGUCCUGCUCCAGCUGCGAGUACUCCUCUCUCUCUCCUGCCGGGAACAGGAACUGCUGGUCAGCUCCCACCUGCUCGGUGCCCUUCUUAUUUGCCUGGCUGGUGGCCCCUUUCUGGAUCGCUAUGGCCGCCGUUGGUCUAUGCUUCUGAGCGCCGCCCUGGUGGUGGGAGGUACCGUUGCACUGAUUGCUGUCACCUCAAUGGUUGCAUUGACAUUGGGCCGAGUUGUGGUCGGCAUGGGGACGGCGCUGUCCGGAACAGCAGCGUGUCUGUACAUUGCUGAGAUCUCGCCACAGGAGAGGAGAGGCUUGUUGGUGACUCUGUAUGAACUGAUGGUUGUGAUAGGGGUGCUUAUGGGGUUUGGCUGUAGCUACGCCUUUGCUGCCUUGCCCCACAGCUGGAGGUAUACAUUUGGACUAGUAAUACCCCCAGCGCUGCUGCAGGCCUGUGUGCUAUUGCUCCUUCCAUCCAGUCCACGCUUCCUGGUUGCCCAGGGAAAAACAGAGCAGGCCAGGAUGGUGCUGUCCAGACUGAGGGAUGGAUGUAAGGAGAACAUGGAAGUGGAACUCAGAGGAAUCCAGGCAGGGCUUAAAGAGGAAGCAGAGCAUGGCUUCUGUGAGCUGUUCAGUGCCAAGGCCAAUUUGCGUUCGCGGUUGCUAACUGGCAUGGCAUUGGUGUUCCUCCAGCAGGCAACGGGUCAGCCCAAUAUCCUAUCCUAUGCGUCACCACUCCUUCGCAGUGUGGGGUUCAAUAGCGACGCUGCAGCAACCCUAGCCUCCACAGGAUUUGGUGUAGUCAAAGUGGUGGGCACCAUCCCUGCUGUGCUGCUGGUUGACCGUUUGGGAACCAAGAGCUUCUUGUGUGUUGGUGCUGUUGCUAUGGCAUUGUCGCUGGCUACUCUAGGGGUGGUGACAUUGCAAAGCCAUACCCACCUCACUAGCCUGUGCCAGAGCCCAACUGGGCUAAACCACACUCACAAGGGGUGGUAUGCAAGCAGUACCUCUCCAGAAUUGGACUUCAAUGACAUUUUAAGCACUGCCUCCCCCAAUCAGUGGAACAACAGUGACCCUAAGGAGGGACAUGUGAUGGAGUGGGAGGUGCUGAGGACUAACAGAGAGGAUGAUGAGAUGAGAAGCUCAGGAAGAGGAAGGAGUCAUGUGAAGCUUUCAUCCUCAUUGAAGUGGGUGUCAUUGAUCAGCUUGCUGGUGUAUGUGGCAGCCUUCUCCAUUAGCCUUGGACCCAUGGUGUAUGUGGUUCUCAGCGAGAUCUUCCCUACGGGGGUCAGGGGAAAGGCUGUGUCUGUGGUGUCAGCUGUCAACUGGGCCACUAACCUUCUAAUCUCCAUGACCUUUCUUACCAUCACAGAGAAAAUCGGCGUUCCUAACAUGAUGUUCCUGUAUGCCGCUAUGAGCUUUGUUCUACUGGUGUUUGUCAUUCUCUGUGUCCCCGAGACCAAAGGACAGACGCUGGAGCAGAUAUCGAAAGAACUAGCAAAGAAGAAGCACUUUGAGAUCAGGUUCUGCAAGCAGGUCCGACCCCAGGAGACCACCAUCACCACCAAGGCCACAGAGACAUCUGCGGCGGCCAUGCUUCAGCGAUAAGACCACUACCCGCUACCUCGCGGAGACAGCUACACACCAAGGGGAAACAAACCUGGAAGAGACAGCCGUUACACUCUCUGGAUAGCAUUCAUGCUGCGCCCAUUAAUGACUGCACACUUUUCCCACCCCCAAGCUCCGACCGGAUGUGAUGAUGUUGUCCCUCGGUCAAGCAGACCACCAAGAUGUAGAAAUGGCAGAGAUGGAGGCGAGUGCCGAUAGGAAGACAUUUAAGAAUAGGGAGAUUUUCGGUGGUCGUUCCUGUUUAAUGAAACAGCGUGAGGGUAGGAAAGUGAUCAGAUUGCAAAAAGGCAAAUUUAUUUCAUUUCUUCCUUUAAUCCUUCAUCUCCUCCCUAUUUAAGAAAGCAGCUCAAACACUUGUGAGACACUCUUCUCCUCUUCGAUUCAGGGCCACAGGGUCAAGUGUGUCCAAAGCGGCCUCAUGUUUUUUUGGGGGGUUUUCGGAACACUAAUUUUUCAGUGGACUUGCUGAUCUUUGGGGGAUUCAUGAUGAACAGUUGCAAAAGAUUGCUGCUGUGAACUACCAUAGGAAAAUCAAGGAUGCACUAGAAAAUCAAAUACUAACACGACAGGGAAGCAUAUCACUCACCGGUACUCUAAAGAUUACAGAACUUGUAAAUUCAGCUUCUUGAUGUGUUUUGUCAUAGCUGCUCACAAUCAUAUACUUGAUGAAUUAUCAAUCUUUAAAUCACUAACAGCAGUCCAGUGACAAGAUUUACUGAAGCCUCCAAGAUUGUCUGAGGGUCAGCGGUGUAGGUUUAGUCUCCUUUAGUCUGUCAGUCUUCACCAAUACAUUUUUCAGGUACUAGAAAGAGAAUAUUUAAACCUUUCUAGCCUAAAACAUAUUUUGGGUAAAUUAUGGAACAUAACUCAUACCAUUGUAGCUUUCAAAGUUACAGUGGGUUUCUUCAGUGUCCGUCUUUAUGUUGCCAAAAUGCUGCUGGGUUGAUUAACUAUUGGAAACAAAAAUGUGCCUUCACCUCUUCACAAUUAAAUUAACAC